UAACGAUGACUCCCGUCCUCGCUGUUUGAACAUGCUGCUUGGGUAGCGAAGCCGACCGAGAGGAGCGACUACCCCUCUUACACUCCUUCCCCUCUGGACACACACACACACACAAAGAGAGAGAGAGUCGGUCCAAUUCAAGCACAACCAUGCUGAUCAAGGAGUAUCGCAUCCCCAUGCCGAUGAGCGUGGAGGAGUACCGCAUUGCUCAGCUCUACAUGAUCCAGAAAAAGAGCCGAGAGGAGAGCUGCGGCGAGGGCAGCGGCGUGGAGAUCCUGGAGAACAAGCCUUACGAGGACGGCCCCGGAGGCUCGGGUCAGUACACGCACAAGGUCUACCACAUCGGCAAACACAUCCCGUCCUGGUUCUGUGCCAUUCUGCCUCAAGCUGCCCUACGAGUGGAGGAGGAGUCCUGGAACGCCUACCCGUAUACACGAACCCGGUAUACCUGUCCCUUUGUGGAGAAAUUCUCCAUAGACAUUGAGACGUAUUACAAACCAGACACUGGAAAUCAAGUGGAUGUCUUCAAUAUGUCCUCUGCUGAAAAGAGACAGAGGACUGUAGACCCCAUAGACAUCGUAAAGGACUACAUCCCUCCUCACGAGUACCUGGUGGAAGAAGACCCCAAGCUGUAUCAGUCGGUGAAGACCAAACGGGGUCCGCUGUCGGACGACUGGAUCGAGGAAAUCAACCAGAAUCCCGGUCAGAGCCCCGUCAUGUGUGCCUACAAGCUCUGCAAAGUGGAGUUCAGAUACUGGGGCAUGCAGUCCAAGAUCGAACGCUUCAUACACGACGUGGGCCUUCGUAAAGUGAUGGUUCGAGCCCACCGGCAGGCGUGGUGCUGGCAGGACGAGUGGUACGGUCUGACCAUCGAGGACAUCAGGCUGCUGGAGCUGGAGACCCAGCUCGCCUUAGCUAAGAAGAUGGCCCAGUACAGCCUCAGUGAAGAGGGGGGAACGGAGGCCAACGGCUCCUCCGCUAACCAGGACCAGGAGCAGGGAGCUGAGACUGUGGGAUCGGCUACAGAGGCAGAAGGAGGAGGAGGAGGAGGAGGAGGAAAGCUGGGAGAUUCACUGGAGACACGAGGGGAGCUCACCAAGCAGUGGUCGACAUCCUCCAGAUCCUCCAACAGGUCCUCUAAGAGAGGCGGGAGUCCGUCUCACCAGAACAUUUCAGAGUGGAGGAUGCAGAGCAUCGCCCGAGACUCGGAGGACAGUACUGACGAUGAGUUCUUUGACGCUUAUGAAGACUUCUCUGACAACGAGGAGAUGUUUGCCAAGGAGAUCACCAAGUGGAACUCCAAUGAUCUGAUGGACAAGAUAGAAACAAUAGAGGUGGAUGAAGCACAAGAGACGUUGUAUCAGGAGUCGGGCGGAGAGUAUGCUGUGAUGAGUAAUGAGGAGAGGCAGCAGAUGGAGGAUUGUUCGUCUCAGCAGUGUCUCCAACCGUCCAAAAUCCACGUCCUCGUUCUGGUCCUGCAUGGAGGCAACAUUCUGGACACUGGCUCUGGUGAGCAGAACAGCAAGCAGGGAGAUGGAAACACGCUGAGUGGGGCGUUUGAGACCGUGAUGAGGGUCCACUACCCCGCAGCGCUGGGCCGCAUCGCCAUCCGGAUGGUCCCCUGUCCCGCUGUGUGUGUCGACGCAUUCUCGCUGGUCUCCAAUUUGAGCCCCUACAGCUACGACGAGGGCUGCCUGUCCAGCAGUCAGGACCACAUCCCUCUGGCUGCUCUGCCCCUUUUGGCUACCUCCGCGCCACAGUACCAGGACGCCGUCGCAACCGUCAUCUUACGAGCCAAUCAAGUGUACAGCGACUUCAUCAGGUCUUUAGAGGGAGCGUCUUUUAAUGGCCAGGUGUGUGUCAUUGGGGACUGCGUUGGGGGCAUCCUGGGGUUUGAUGCUCUGUGCAGCAGCUCUGUGACGGUGUCAGAAAGCCAAAACAGCAGCAGGCGGGGGAGCACCAUCAGUGUACAGGACACGGACCUUCUCUCUCCGGGUAUUGUCAUAAACAGCGUCUCUCCUUCCUCGCCGUCCCUCGAAGGAAGCCGCCAUCUCAGCCGUAGCAACAUCGACAUCCCUCGUUGUUCAGGGCCCGACGACCCCAAGAGACAACUCCCGCGCAAGCGCAGCGACUCCUCCACGUAUGAGCUGGACACCAUCAAACAUCACCAAGCCUUCCUGUCCAGCCUUCACUCCAGCGUGCUCCACGGGGAGACUGGAUCCCGACGCUCCAGCAACAGCACCAUGCUGGAAGGAGGCUCCUUGGGAAAGUUCGACUUCGAGGUGACUGACUUCUUCCUGUUCGGCUCUCCUCUGGGGUUGGUGCUCGCGCUGAGGAAGACUGUGGUUCCCUCGUUAGAUGUGUCGGCACUGCGUCCGGCCUGUCAGCAGGUUUACAACCUGUUUCAUCCAGCCGACCCCUCGGCCUCGCGCCUCGAGCCUCUCCUGGACAAGCGGUUCCACCUGCUGCCUCCCUUCAGUGUCCCUCGUUACCAGCGCUUUCCUCUGGGUGACGGACACUCAGCUCUCUUGGUUGAGACCGUGCAGAGUAACCCUCAGCUUCUGAUUGAGUCCGGUGGUGCGCCGUCCCACCGCUCCCAGGAUAACACCGUCAAUGAGACCUCGAUCCCCGUCCCCGUCCUCAACUGGCAGUCCUCGCAACUCCACACAGACACGGAUUCUCUUCACUCACAUAUUUUUGUGGACGGCCAGUACCCGUCGUCCACAUCGCCGGGAGUCCCUCACCUUCGUUUCAACCGCAGGGCGAGCGAGGCCAGCAUCGCCAGCCAGGUGUCUGGCUUAGCCGACUCUUACACGGCCUCCAACAUCGCCACGACACACACACACGAGGUCAGCCACACUAAAAGGCCCAGGCUGCUGUCCCAGCUGGCUCUUCCCUACAAUAGAUUUGCCUCUCGGAGCCAGUCCUUGCGGUCACGCCAGAAAACCCGCCAGGUGUUCCCGAAACCCAACGGCGUGGAGUCUGAGCAGAGCUCGGACGUUAGCUCUGACAUGACCUCUGACCUCACCGAUGUCACGUCUUACGUCACAGACAUCAGCUCGGCGCCCCCGUCGCCCAGGGUGCUGAGGAACAUAGAGAAAGUUGCCUCUCGGUGGUGGGGCAGUAAGAGGAUGGACUACGCCCUGUACUGUCCCGAUGCCCUGACAGCGUUUCCCACAGUGGCUCUGCCUCAUCUCUUCCACGCCUCCUACUGGGAGUCAACAGACGUCGUCUCCUUCUUACUCAGACAGGUGAUGAGACACGAGAACUCCGGUAUUCUGGAGCUGGACGGUAAAGAAGUGUCUGAAUUCACGCCGUCCAAACCUCGUGAGAAGUGGCUCCGCAAAAGGACUCAUGUUAAAAUUAGGAACGUGACGGCUAACCACCGAGUGAAUGACGCUGUGUUCACGGAGGACGGAGCCCAGAUGGUGACCGGGCGCUUCAUGUACGGCCCUCUGGACAUGGUCACCCUCACUGGAGAGAAGAUUGACAUCCACAUCAUGACCCAGCCUCCCUCUGGAGAGUGGGUGUACUUCAACACAGAGCUCACCAACAGCAGUGGGCGUAUCUCCUAUGUACUCCCCGAGAGCAAAAAGCUCGGUAUCGGGGUGUAUCCUGUCAAAAUGGUGGUCAGGGGUGACCACACAUUUGCAGACAGCUAUCUCACUAUCGUGCCACGAGGAACAGAGUUUGUCGUGUUCAGUAUUGACGGGUCAUUUGCUGCCAGCGUGUCUAUAAUGGGCAGCGACCCGAAGGUUCGAGCUGGAGCUGUGGACGUGGUGAGGUACUGGCAGGAUUUGGGCUAUUUGAUCGUAUACGUAACGGGUCGUCCUGACAUGCAGAAGCAGCGUGUGGUGGCCUGGCUCUCCCAGCAUAACUUCCCUCACGGCAUCGUCUCCUUCUGCGACGGGCUGGUUCAUGACCCGCUCCGACACAAGGCCAACUUCCUCAAAACCCUCAUCAAUGAGGCCCACAUGAGGAUCUUUGCAGCCUAUGGUUCCACCAAGGACAUCUCUGUGUACUCGACUAUCGGCCUGCCUCCGUCCCACAUCUACAUAGUGGGAAGGCCUACGAAGAAAAUGCAGCACCAGUGUCAGUUCAUCCCGGAUGGCUACGCUUCCCACCUGUCCCAGCUGGAGUACAGCCAGAGGUCUCGUCCCGCCAAGUCUGCCAGCACCCGCAUGGUCCUCCGCAAGGGCAGCUUCGGUUUGGGAGCCGCCGGAGGAGAGUUCCUUCGCAAACGCAAUCACAUCUUUCGCACCAUCUCGUCUCAGCAGCCCGGAGGGGCGGGGUCGGCCUCUACCAACCAACCUGGGCGGACUGAGCGCACGCUGAGCCAGUGCGAGCUGGAGCGGGAUCGAGGGAUCGGGGUGGCAACCCAGAGGAGUAUGAGCAUAGCUGCGGGGUGCUGGGGCCGCAGCGGGAGCACCAAGGAGGGCAGUGGGGGGUUACUCAGCCCUAAAUAGGAUUCAAAAUGGAGCUGUGGUGUUAAAGGACCCGGCCUGAGCCACCAUGAUCCCUGGACUGGACAAAAGGUGGAAGACGAGGAAGUGAAUGGAGGGUUUGUAUUUUAGAGAUUAAGCUGAGGUGAGAUUGGUGGUUAGAGAACAGGGAAGGAGAGGUGGCGAGGGAUCUGUCCAGGAGGAGUGGACUAAUCAGGCCAAGUGGGAUCCAGCGAACAAAAGACAGUUCUGUAGCAUGACUCUUUUACAGUAAUACUUUUAUAGGAUACAUCACUAACUAUUUAAAAAAAAAAAA